GCUACUGAGAAACAGGAAAUUAGACUACACUAUACAUCAAACUGCAUUCAAGAGAAACUUUAAGACAGUGACAGUUGAGAUGGAGGAAUGGGACGUUGGCCCUUCUCUGGUACCUGUACAAGUCAGAGACAUCACCACCUCAACGCCAAGAGUCAACAGGUCCUGUAAGAAUCUGGAGUGCUACAUGAUCCUGGUUGAAAAAGAGAAGAUGGCCAUCGGCUCCAUCUGCUUCCUGGCGGGUCCUUUCACUCUGCUGGAGAACGUUCUGGUCCUCGGCGUGAUUGCCACCACGGCCACGCUCAGACAGAGGCCCUCCUACAUCUUCAUCGGCAGCCUGGCUCUGGCCGACGUCUUCGCCAGUUGCUUUUUCACCACCAGUUUCUUGGACUUUCACUUAUUUCGCCGCCAUGACGAUCCGACCGCCUACCUCUUUAAGCUGGGCGGCGUCACUGUGGCCUUCACCAGCUCGGUGGGAAGUUUGCUGCUGACUGCGCUGGACCGUUACCUCUGCAUCCACCAGGCCUCCAGCUACAAGGUGCUGCUGACCCGCCGCCGGGCUCUGCUCAGCCUCUUGACACUCUGGAGCACCACCAUCUUCAUCUCCUUCCUGCCUCUGAUGGGCUGGAGGUGUCCCGAAGUUCUGUCUCUGACCUGCUCAAGCCUGUUUCCUUACAUCAGUAAGGGAUAUCUGGCCUGCUGGACCAGCUUCAUCCUGGUGCUUCUGGCGCUCAUCCUGGUGGCUUACGCGCUCAUCCUGUGGAAGGCCCAUCGCCACGAAUCCUCCAUGCACAGCCUCCAGGGAGCGGCGGGGACGGGUCAGGCCCGAAUGAGGAUGGACAUUCGUUUGGCUCGCACUUUUGGCCUAAUCCUACUCAUAUUAGUGGGCUGCUGGCUGCCGGCGCUCUCCUUCAUGCUGGCUGACGUUGCUGUGCUGUUGAGCUGCUUCCAGCAGAGGGCCUUUGCCUUCUGCAGCACACUCUGUCUGGUCAACUCCGCCAUCAACCCGCUGCUGUACGCCCUGCGCUGUCGAGAGCUCAGAGUUGCCCUGCUGCAAUUACUCCAGAGGGUGCGUGACAUCGGGAGGUGUAAAAAAUCAACACAGGACACAACUCCAGCGCUGGCUUCUGUGGAAGACAACAACUGUACUGUGUUCACCAUGGAGGGCGAGACUCCCAGGGCCAGAAUCUCUCGACUUGACUCCAUCUCAGAAAUAGUAAAUAAUCAUCAAAUGAAUGAUCGCAAAUGAAGAAUAUGAAAUAAGAGCAAUGCAAUACAUGCAGUGAUACUUUUGUAUUUAUGGCAGUCUGCUGGUGGCGAGGAACGGUAAUACAAUGUAAAUAGAGACAUAAAUGCAAACAUCAUUUUAGAUAAAGUCUAACAACUAAGCGUAUUCCCAUAGAUUGGAAAAUCAGCACCGGCAGAGCCUUCCUGAACAAAACUGAAGUGAUCAUAAACAAUAAGUCCAGAAAAUGUGUGAGAAGUCUCUGAACUACGGUGAGCACAUCACAUUCUCACAUGCAGAAAACUUAGCUUGUCACAAAUACACAUCACUUUGGUCAUAACAAUGGCAUCCCACAUUCACAGAUGAUAACAAUAAGCAUCAUUUUCAGACUGUAUAAUAUUUAAAAAUCAUCCUUUGUGAUGUGAUUUCAGAGAAAAACAGGUGUAUCAGUAAGCAUUUUAUGAUGGUAUCUUGGACUGUAAAGACUGAAUAAAAUGUUUAAUAUUUGUCUUUUUAAGUUGCAGCUAUUUACACUCGUAACUUUAAUUUUCCUCCCUCCCUUCUGUCACUGCUUGAACACUCACAAUGACGAAAUGCGCCAUACUGUGAACGGAACUGCUGACUUUUGGGUUAGCCACGCAGCAAUGAGGUGGACCUGUUGUUGGCAUGCUUCUUUAUUUCGAGUGUUUGACCCUGAACGCACAGGUCCGGAGGACCCCGUGGGUCGCCCAUCUGCACAUGAAUGGCAGGAGCCCACAAAAGCCCCCGUUGCACGGGAGGAUUUCACACAAUGCGCACUGCAUGAAUCCAAGCAGUGUGCCGAAGUGAAUGGAGCACAUGCGAGGACGAGAACCGGCGGAUACACGAGAACAGUCCUGGAUCAAGAACAACUGGCAGCUGCAGCAGAGCAUAAACUGACAUUCACUUCAACGCAGGCACACAUACGUUCACUGAAAUAGAUCAUCACAAAGGUCUUAAGACAU